AAUAAUUAAUUGAUUUAUAUUCAACAGAUAUAAAAUGGCGUCUCCAAAUGAUGACAUGGAAAUGGAAAAAAUUGCGGAAGAUGAACUGUCGAAACUGCAGCGACAGUUUAGAGUUAUGGAGAUAGACCGGGCGAACGUAACGAGCAGCGUGCAGCCCACACUCAGGGUGCAGAGGAACAUCAUACGCACGCUUACAACAGAGCUGGAUAACAUCAUGAUGGAAUUACGGCUGACAAAAAGUACAUCGAAUCUCAUGGACAAUGCAAAAACGCGAGAGAAACUAAUAACACUUUUGAAAGAAUACGAAAGAAGUUCCACUGAAGUAAAGGAACAUCGCACUACGAUCACUGAGCUGGAUUUCCUUUUGAAACAAGUGCAGAAGGAGAUAAAGGGAUUGAAGUCUAAGGGUGUUGGAUUUGAAAAGGAUUACGCGAUAUCCCUGUCGAAUCAAACGAUUAUAAGUCAACUCGAGAACCGCUUGAACACAGCCAUGAAAAAGUUCAACGCGGUCAACAGCGACAACUAUAAGACGCGUCUUGAGAUCGAUCGCCUGCUGCGUGACCGGCAAUUUUUUAACACAAUGUGGAAGGGACAAAUUAAACGACUUAUGGAAGGCAAAGCCCAGAUUCUCGAGCUAGUGGAACAAGCUAUAACCACCUACGACCAGAGGGAGGAAUGGUGCGCUAAGCUGGACGCGUUGAAAGAGAAAGCCGCGAUGGAUUACAGGAAACAUUGCCUGGAGGUGCGCGAACUUCAGCGUCAGUUGGAUCACAGCAUGAAGCUCGAGGAGUUUCUCCGUACGAAAGGCACAGUGCGACUCACAGCCGCCGAUGCUAAGGCCGAAGCCAAGAAGUUGGAACAACAGGAACAGGAGAUACGCGUUUACAACAACUAUGUCAAUAUAUUGGAUGCGAUUAAGGAGUUCACGGGCGAAGCGGACGUGGAAAGGUUGAUCCAGGAGUUCACCCGUCGCGAGGAGGAGAACUACGCACUCUUCAACUACAUCAACGAAGUCAACACGGAGCUCAAGCAUCUCAGCGACAACGUCAAAAUGCUCAAAACGAAUAUCGAGGACGAACACGAAAAACAUCAAGCUAAGCUGUAUCAGCAGCAAGACAGCAUCGAGAUCCUCAGAACGGCGUUGGAAGAACGGCAGGAAGCAACGAAGGAUCUCCAGGCGAUGUACGACAAAACUAACCAGGUCUUGACUGGAUUGUUGCAAGAAGUUCAGAUCUUAGCCAUGUCAUCAGACUGCGAUUCUCUGCCGUUGUUAAAACUGCUGGGUAAAUCCUUGGACAUAAAUGCUACAAAUGCUCGUUUAUACAUCAAGAGUCUGGAGAAGAAGAUAUUCGAAAUGACAGAACUGAUCAAAUAUGACGAGUGCGUGCAGAAGUACGCGGAGAGCAAGGAGCGCACGCCGCCCGCCUCGCGCCGCCGCCGCCGCGCGCCGCACUCGUAGCGCACACGCACACGCACACGCACACGCACACGCACACACACAUCGAU